AUGAUCUACGAGUCACAUAACCAGGCUGUCUUUGGACGCAGAGCAGUUGACCGCGUCAGGCAGGUUGGAGACCAUCUCAUGUCUCGUCCUGUACAUGCUCGAGAUGAUAUGGCUUCAUCUCGGAUGCAGCCAACGACUGGUGCUUCCUCUGUUCUGCAUCAUCAGAACGGUCUGCCUACAAGAUUGGCACCUACUGCAUCACUGCCUUCCUUCAAGUAUCUUGCUGAGGUCGCCGAUCUCCAAUACAUGCGUGCUCCUUCGGUGGGGUAUGACUACGUUCCGGUCCCCCUCAUCGGAGCAGAAUCCACACUUAUCUCACCUCCCGAAUCUGUUAUCUCGCCUACUCCGACACCAUCCAGAUCCGUAUCGCCAAUCAUGGCCAAAACGGCUCCAUCUGCAAGCCGAGCUAAGAAGCAGAGCCCAUCUUACAGAGUCGAGAAGACUACCAAAUCUCCGAGGCGCAAGAACUACUCUGACACGGCCAAAGCACAAGGAAUUGAGAACAACAGACGCAUCGAGGCGGCCCAACGUCCCUACAAAGACGGCGUCCAAGUGACCGCCGGUCACCACUCUUUCCCUCGGUUCGAUCAUAUGUAUGCACCACCUGGCGAGGCCAAACGCACCAAAUCGGCGACUGGCAGCAGCGAUCCCAACACCCGCCACAACAUGGCCCAGACUCAUCUUCGAGCUGAGAAGGGAAGCUACAGAAUGGUUUUGCAGCGUCUUCUUGUCAGCUCACUGCACUGGAGAGACGCCAAGCUGCAAACUGUGGUCAACGCAAAGAGCAGUGGCAUGGUGUACGAGGAGAAGGAUCUCCUGAGAAAGUGUGCACAACUCAGCGCGAUCUGUCUCAUCUUGUUACAGCCGUUGUUCGACGAAGAGGGCAUGCAAGAGCUUUGCAACAUGCUUGACCUGUUCGAGCCAGAAGACGUGGGUCCUGCAGAGGUGGUGAGAGAUGAGCGCGACGACGACAAGACCUACGAGCUCAAGUGUCAAGCCGCGAGGAUCCAGGUCAUCGACGAGGCACAUCUGCCGCUCGGUUUGAAGCAUAUUAAAAGUCGAGACGAACUUCUUGAUGUUGUGCAGCAGAAAGUCAUGCCGAUUGCAAACGACUUUGGCAGAAGCGUACUGCAAGAGAUGUUCUUCGGCGAGCCCAGAGAGAUUCGCGCUAGGCUUUGA